CCCGCAGCUCCGGGCCCGGCUCCGCCAUGGGCGCCGCGCGCUGCUCCCGGCUCCUGCCGCUCCUGCUGCCGCUCCUGCUGCCGCUCUUGGCGGCGUGGGGGCCCCGUGUCUCGGGCGGGCUCCGCGCCCCGCGGCGGCGCUGGCCGGUGCCCUACAGGCGCUUUGAUUACCGUCCAAAAACUGAUCCUUACUGCCAAGCUCGUUACACCUUCUGUCCCACUGGCUCUGCCAUUCCAGUUAUGAAAGAAGAGGAUGUCAUUGAAGUGUAUCGAUUACAGGCUCCAGUAUGGGAAUUCAAGUAUGGAGACCUACUAGGACACUUGAAAAUUAUGCAUGAUGCUGUAGGUUUCAGGAGCUCUCUAACAGGCAAAAACUACACAAUGGAGUGGUAUGAGCUCUUCCAGCUUGGGAACUGCACGUUUCCACAUCUGCGGCCUGGCAUAGAUGCACCGUUCUGGUGUAACCAGGGAGCUGCCUGCUUUUAUGAAGGAAUAGAUGAUGCACACUGGAAGGAAAAUGGAACUUUAGUUCUUGUGACUACAAUAUCAGGAACCAUGUUUAAUGAAAUGGCACAAUGGGUAAAAUAUGACAAUGAGACUGGUAUUUACUACGAGACCUGGACAGUUCAAGCAAGUCCUGACAAACAAUCAACAGUAUGGUUUGACUCUUAUGAGUGCUCGAAGUUUAUACUGAGAACCUACCAAAAGCUGGCUGACUUAGGAGCUGUAUUUAAGAAGAUACAAACAAACUAUACAAGCAUAAUUUUAUUCAGCGGAGAACCUAUUUAUUUGGGAAAUGAAACAUCUAUUUUUGGACCACUAGGAAACAAGACAUUGGCAGCAGCUAUAAGAGACUUCUACAGUCCAUUUAAACCUCAUCAGUCAGUCAGAGAGUUUUUUGUGGAUCUUGUAAGAAUAAUUGAUCGUGUCAUCUUGAAUCAUCAGUUUUACCUCUUCUACAACUUGGAAUACUGGUUUUUACCUAUGAAGUUUCCUUAUCUCAAAAUAAUUUAUGAAGAGGUCCCUUUACCUGUUGGAAGCAAAGAGUCCUUCGGUGUAUAGCUGCUUACUGAAGAACCAAACUUGCCCUCAUGUCAAAUUUGGAGCAUUACCGUGAUGGUGCUAAAGGGUCAUACGUUUCAGUGCUAACCGUAAAAGUUGUGUUGGGAAGGCUUUGCCAGACACCAUGAAAGCGUGUGCAUUUUUUUUGUUAUUACCUGUAUAGCACAUGAAAGCUUCAGCAUCCAUGACUUAGCUUCUGUGUAACCAUGGCCACGUGCUGAGGCUCCUUUGGCUGAGCUUGGCAGUGCCAGAGGGGGAGUGGGGAGGCAGCAGCCUGCUCUGGUCUCCACAUGCAUGGCCAUGCUGUAGCAGGUAGCACCUGACCACCUACAGAGGUGGGACACAGCAUUACAAGGACUAAAUUGGCUUAUCUGUGUCUUGGAGCUAAAAAACCUGAGUGUCUUCGUGUGUCCAGUUCCUUCAACAUGUGCCUUAGAUUGGUAGUUCUGUAGUUCUUUGGUUUGUAAACUGGGACCCAUAAACUGUUCUCCAGUGUUCAGUGGCGGUGGGGGAAGGGGCAGUGAAUCUACUAGAAGAUGGCAUGGGUGGUAUCUUUUAACCACUUUGCUUCAUUCACCUAUACUGUAAACACAAUACAGAUGGCUCUUCUUUA